AUUGGCAGUUUAAGCACUAAACACCAGGUGUGUGAUUAAAUUUAGAAUAAUAUUCAAUCAACCCAUGUAGAUGUAGCUUCCAAUUCCAAAUACAUGAAAGUGACCAUCCAUGAAAAAAUAGCCCUUCAUCAUCUUAUCCCAAAGCCAAACAAACCGUCAACUCAUCAUCUUUAUGGGUGAAUCAUCAUUCAGAAUUCAGAAUUCGAUCUGAGUAUGAUGUCCAAGUAUCUGAGCCUGCAUUAUCAUCCUCAGCUUCAAGUUGAACCUUCGCACACUCCAAAACCCACAUAUUCCUGCAUCAUCCCAUCCACCUUUCCUACCAAAUUAAGCAUCACUCAAAACUACUCCUCAACUCCCUACUUGUACAGAAGAUGUUCAAUGAUAAAACCAGUUCAAUAUUCUCAUAUAGAUCCUACACUUAUGAAUGAUGAUCUCUCUGAAUUAGAUGUAAAUGAGGCUGAUCCUACACUUAUGAAUGAUGAUCUCUCUGAAUUAGAUGUAAAUGAGGCUGAUCCUACACUUAUCAAUGAUGAUCUCAAGCCAACAACUCAAAGUCAACGGACAUUUUCAGGGUGGGAGAUGGCAAGCCUUUGGAUUGGGUUGGUUGUUGGUGUACCAUCUUAUUACCUUGCUGGAAGCCUUGCUGAUCUUGGAAUGGCAUGGUGGCAAGGUAUAGCCACCGUCAUGGCAGCCAACCUUAUUUUAUUAGUCCCACUUAUCCUUACCGGCGAACCAGGGGCACGUUACGGUAUCUCAUUCCCUGUAUUAGCAAGAUCAUCCUUUGGAAUUAGAGGUGCUCAUGUCCCUACUCUUCUAAGAGCAUUAGUUGGUUGUGGUUGGUAUGGAAUUGAAACUUGGAUAGGAGGAGAAGCUAUUUUCCUACUUUUACCCAAUUCAAUCAAGCAAUCUUCCUUGGCUAACAUUUUACCUUGGUUAGGCACUUCUCCACUUGAAUUCUCCUGUUUCUUUCUAUUUUGGUUGGCUCAAUUAUCAAUUGUUUGGAAAGGAAUGGAAGGAAUUCGAGUGCUUGAAAAAUUUGCAGCUCCAAUCUUGAUUGCUCUAACAUCUUGCCUUCUAAUCUGGUCAUAUGUCAAUGCCGGUGGAUUUGGGCAUAUGUUUUCUCUAACUUCCCAUCUUUCCGGUUCACAAUUCUGGUCCCUUUUUUUCCCUUCUCUUACUGCAAAUAUUAGCUUCUGGGCAACUCUGGCACUCAACAUCCCUGAUUUUACAAGGUAUGCAAAGACCCAAAAAGAUCAGAUCAUUGGUCAAGCUGGCUUACCCAUUUUCAUGGGUGCAUUCACGUUUGUUGGGCUAGCCGUGACCUCUUCUACCAGAGUCAUCUUUGGCCGAGUCAUCUCAAACCCUAUUCAGCUUCUUGGAGAGAUAGGGGGUAUUACCACAAUGACCCUGGCAAUUGUUGGAAUCAGCCUUGCUACAAUCACUACCAAUAUUGCUGCUAAUGUUGUUGCCCCUGCAAAUGCACUUGUUAAUCUCAGCCCAUCUAAAUUCACAUUUUGGAAGGGAGCUCUUUUAACAGCAUUUCUAGGCAUUGCCUUUCAACCAUGGAGGUUACUACAAUCAAGUGAGAGUUUUGUGUAUACCUGGCUUGUAGGUUAUUCUGCACUCAUGGGACCAAUUGGGGGAAUUAUAUUGGCAGAUUACUAUCUUAUUCAGAAUAUGAAGCUUAACAUUAAUGAUUUAUACACAUACAGAAACACUGGAUCCUAUUAUUAUACAGGGGGUUAUAAUUUGUCCGCAAUGGCAGCUUUGAUUGCCGGAAUUGUGCCAGUGCUGCCCGGUUUGUUACACAAACUCGGAAUUCUGACUUCAGUCCCCGAAUUAUUCAUCACAAUUUACAACAAUGCUUGGUUUUUCAGUUUCUUUUCUGCAGGGAUACUUUACUGGGUAAUUAAAUCAUUAUCAUCAGGUAAAGAUGGUGAACAAACUAAACCACUUUUGGCAUCACCAAAUUGAUAUGUGAUGGUCACAAGUCUACUGUGAAAAUAGAUACCAUACAGCAUUGUAAGUCUGAUACCCUAUACUAUAUUCAUCCUACAGUGCAGCGUAAUUUAUUUUUAUGUAAAUGAAUUCAGUCACGUUAAUCCAGAGAACAGCUUUCUUACAGAAAUUGUUCAACUUUUA